AUGAGUUAUAAACCUACUUUUGCUACUUCGGAUAAUUAUUAUGAAUUACUAAGUAAAAUGACUAAUCAAGUUAAUGGUUCUGUUGUUUCAUUGUCUCAAGAAUUUGCUAAUUUAACUACUGUCAAACAACUUAACAAAUUUGUUAAUAAUUAUUUAGAAGAAAUACUUCGAGGAGCAAUUUAUGCUGAUAUGCAUGAUAGAUUUGCUAAACAAUUAAGUAUUACUACUCAUAAAAA